UACUAGGGUUUGCGGACCUCAUUGCGGCGGCGAGGAGGUGCACGAUCCGGAUCGAUCGGGCGCGGCGGCUAACGGGAAGGAGAGGAAGAUGGUGAAGUUUCUGAAGCCGAACAAGGCGGUGAUCGUCCUGCAAGGGCGAUUCGCGGGGCGGAAGGCGGUGAUCGUGCGAGCCUUCGACGACGGCACCCGGGAGCGGCCCUACGGGCACUGCCUGGUGGCCGGCAUCGCCAAGUACCCGAAGAAGGUGAUCCGCAAGGACUCCGCAAAGAAGACGGCCAAGAAGUCGCGCGUGAAGGCGUUUCUGAAGCUGGUGAACUAUAGCCACAUCAUGCCCACCCGCUACACACUCGACGUCGAUCUCAAGGACGUCGUCACCCUCGAUGCGCUCCAGUCCCGCGACAAGAAGGUCACCGCAUCCAAGGAGACGAAGGCUCGCCUUGAGGAGCGCUUUAAGACCGGAAAGAACCGAUGGUUCUUCACCAAGCUCAGGUUCUAAAGCAAAGUAGCGAUCUUUAGUUUCAUUUCUGACGCUGCUAUUUUCAUCUACAUGAGAUGGCAUCAUUUAAUUCAUGGAUGGCAUGUUAUUUGUCUGUGUGGUUUCACCUGUUUUUAGGACAUGUCACGGUAAUUUCCUGGAUACUAAAUGUUUUCAGUCUGAGUUCAUGCUGUGUUAGGAUAAUUUUGAUAAAUUGGAUAUUUAGGUGAGUGGCAGUUUGAUUUGGUUUGCGUCA